AUGAUUAUCAAACAAACACCAAACAGCAUUGCCAGCCACAGACGCUCGACAAAAACUGCGGCAACAAAACAGAGAAUCAUCAUCUCUCACAGCGAUCAAAGAAUGUGGAGAAGAGCACUCUUCUUGCUUCCAUACAGGUCCUUCUGCUCCACACCUGAAACCCCGAGUUUAUACUCUUUCCUGCAGCCCACUAUCUUUGCCCUUAAAAGAAAAAAUCUACCGUCGACAACAAAUCCCACCAUCAACAACAGCACACAAACCCCUAAAACCUUAACACAAGACCACCUAACCAAUCUAGAAUCCGCCCUCCACAAGUCCCUCAUCACCAACAACACUGACGAGGCAUGGACAUCCUUCAAGUCUUUAACCACAAACUCAACUUUCCCAUCCAAGUCUCUCACUAACACACUCAUCACACACCUUUCCUCUCUCAAUGACAGACUCAGUCUUAAAAGGGCGUUUGCUUCUAUCGUCUAUGUUAUUGCAAAGAACCCAAAAAGUUUAGAUUUUGAAACGGUACAAUUGUUUCUUGGUUCAAUGGUACGUGCCAAUACUGCUGCUCCUGCUUUUGCUUUAAUCAAGUGUAUGUUUAAGAACAGGUUUUUUAUGCCUUUCGGAUUGUGGGGUGAUUUUCUUGUUGAAAUUAGUAGAAAGAAUGAUAAAGUUAUUGCCUUUUUGAAAAUUUUUGAAGAGAGCUGUAGAAUUGCUAUUGAUGAGAAGUUGGAUUUUAUGAAACCUGAUUUGGCUGCUUGUAAUGUGGCUUUAGAAUGGUGUUGUUGCGAACUUGAGUCUGUUAGUGAAGCUGAAAAGGUUAUUGAAACUAUGUCUGUGUUGGGUGUUAGGCCUGAUGAAUUGAGUUUUGGGUUUCUUGCUUAUUUGUAUGCAUUGAAGGGGCUUAAAGAUAAGAUAAUUGAGUUAGAGAGUUUGAUGGGUGGCUUUGGUUUUUCAAAUAAAAGGUUGUUUUUUGGUAAUUUGAUUGGUGGGUAUGUAAAGUCUGGGAAUUUAGAGGCUGUUUCGGAAACUAUUCUAUGUAGUUUGAGGAAACAAGGUGGAGAAGAUGUGAAUUUUAGCGAGGAAACUUACUGUCAGGUGGUUAAAGGAUUUAUGAAAGAUGGAAGUAUUAAGGGUUUAGCAAACUUGAUCAUAGAAGCUCAGAAGUUGGAGUCAGAAACUAUUGUGGCUGAUAAAUCAACUGGGUUUGGUAUUAUUAGUGCCUGUGUUAAUCUUGGACUAUCAGAUAAAGCACACAGUAUAGUCGAUGAGAUGGAUGCUCAAGGUGGUUCUGUAGGACUUGGGGUCUUUGUGCCUAUCUUGAAGGCAUAUUGCAAAGAGUAUAGAACAGCUGAAGCUACUCAACUGGUCAUGGAUAUUAGCAACUCAGGGCUUCAGUUAGACGAGGGAAGCUACAAUGCACUAAUAGAAGCAUCAAUGACAAGCCAAGAUUUCCAGUCAGCUUUUACUUUGUUUAGGGACAUGAGAGAGGCAAGAAUACCUGACUUGAAAGCUAGUUAUUUGACGAUUAUGACAGGUUUAAUGGAAAACCAGCGCCCGGAACUAAUGGCUGCUUUUUUAGAUGAAGUUGUUGAGGACCCUCGAGUUGAAGUGAAAUCUCAUGACUGGAAUUCAAUUAUUCAUGCUUUUUGUAAAGCUGGGCGGUUGGAGGAUGCAAAGAGGACUUUCAGAAGAAUGACUUUCCUACAGUUUGAACCAAAUGACCAAACAUAUUUGUCCCUAAUUAACGGGUAUGUGAGUGCAGAGAAAUAUUUUGGUGUUUUGAUGCUGUGGAAUGAGGUUAAGCGAAAGGUCUCACCUGAUAAAGAGAAGGGUAUUAAAUUUGAUCACAGCUUGGUUGAUGCAUUUCUAUUUGCUUUGGUGAAAGGAGGUUUCUUUGAUGUAGUGAUGCAAGUUGUAGAAAAAUCUCAGGAGAUGAAGAUUUUUGUGGAUAAAUGGAGGUACAAGCAAGCAUUCAUGGAGAGUCAUAAGAAGCUGAAAGUAUCAAAGUUGAGAAAGAGGAGCUUCCGAAAAAUGGAAGCGCUUAUUGCUUUUAAGAAUUGGGCUGGUCUAAAUGCAUGA